AUGUCGGCCAAAACCUACGAGUUCAAGACAGCCCUGGUCACUGGCGGAGGAGGUGGCAUCGGCAAAGCAUUAUCGCAACAGCUUAUAAAGGAUGGGAAAAAGGUUAUCAUCGUGGGUCGAACCGAAUCGACACUGAAAGAGACCGCCAAAGAUAUUGGGGCCACCGCAUACUACGUGCUGGAUACGGGAGACAUUCAGUCGAUUCCAAAGUUCGUCCACAAGCUCAUCUCUGAGCAUCCAGAUGUCGACUGCUUGAUCAACAACGCCGGAGUACAACGACCUAUUGAUGCGAAUAGGCAAGAUCCAAGCGAAUUCCUCGAGAAAGCGGACCGGGAGAUCGACAUCAACAUCCGAGGCCCAAUGCAUCUGAUCUUGCAGUUGCUCAAGCACUUCAAAUCGAAACCGAACGCGCUCAUCGUGAACGUGUCAUCAGUCCUUGGUUUCGUGCCUUUCAGCGUUGUCAAUCCCGUAUACUGCGCUACAAAGUCCUGGAUGCAUUUUUGGAGCAUGAGCCUGCGAAAACAGCUGGAAGUGGAGAAGGUGAAUGUUGUUGAGAUCGCACCACCUAUGGUCGCCACAGAUCUUCAUCGUGAGAGAGACAACCCAGACGACAACAAGAAAGAGCACGCUCCACAGACCAUGACGACGGACGAGUUCGUGGAUGAGGUGAUCCAGAAGUGGAAGAAGGGCGACACGUUGAUUACGGCAGGACCAGGUAAUAAGAUCAUUAGCACUUGGGAGGACAGUAUGCAACCUCUGUACGAAAAGAUGGCGCACUAA